CGCAGUGACUCACCACAGUCACUGACCAUGCCUAGCCCCAAGAAAAAGCAAAAAAAGCUCCUAAAGCACCCAAAACAAGUACUCCUAGACGUAAGAAGCCCCAGAAAAUAAAAAAGAAAACUCCAAUGGAGGACUGGAAGGUAGCAAAGACUGUUGCUUCAAAGGCCAAGAGUGCACAGAAAUCAGCAAGGGAAGAGGUGCAACUGAGUCCUACAGUUUCUGAUGAGGCUACAGCUCUCAAGAGUCAAUUCGAGAAAGAAGGAUUGAUUGUGCUACCUGCAACACCCACACAAACUAUCACAUCCACCCAACCAGUCGCUACUCAGAUCCAGCCAUCAACCACUACUCCCUUCCAGCCAUCAACCACUACUCCCUUCCAGCCAUCAACCGCUACUCCAUUCCAGCCAUCAACACUUGCUCAGUUCCAGCCAUCAGCACUUGCUCAGUUCCAGUCAUCACCUGUAUUUAACACUCCACCUGGGCACAUUCCAAUUGGCGCAGUCUACGGGAAUUACAAUUCUCCUAACCACCCUUCCUCGGAAACAUCCUGGAGUGGUGGGAUGAAUUUGUACAGACAUUCCUCUUUUACUGGUGAAGAUGCUAUGGAAUUGGGGAGGAGUUCAACACCUAGUUCCUCUUCAGGAGAUUAUCAGAAUCUUUGGGGUGAGAUACGUAAACUAAGAAAUCAGAUGGACCAAGUGAGAUCAGUGCUAAAGCUAAAGAAGAAGUUGAAGGCUAAAACAUCCAGUGAGUCUGCUUGUUAUCCUCCUACUCCCACAGACUCACCCCUAGAGAUGGACACAAGUGGCACUAAAGCAGGAUGUUGGCUCGGUGAGAGAGGCACUGGCCAGAGCACAUUCAUAGAGAGCCUUUACCAGGAGGAUAUAGCUAGAGCAGAAAACGAUGGAACCACCCCAGCUAAACUAGCAGUAAACCUCCUCUGUGCUCUGUUUAGCCAGGAGGACAUCUCUACUGGUAAUUGUACCCAGCCUCGCAAACCUGGUAUUAUGCUGCUUGAUCAAAAGAAAAUGUGUGGAAUAAGAUAUCAUGUGAACUACCGAUUUCCAUGCGCAAAGCAGGACGAACCAAGGAGAUGGAAUAAUUUGCUUACCAAGAAUUUAAAUGCAAAAUGUCGAUCCAAAAGACUUCCCCAGGACUCUUGAAGCAUUGACAUGAUCACUUUUGUGCAUGCUCAUUGUUGUGUAAUGCAUUCUCAUUGUUGUGUAAUGCAUGCAUGGGUAUAGGCGG